AUGGCCCCCAGCACCGUGGCCGUGGAGCUGCUCAGCCCCAAAGAGAAAAACCGACUCCGCAAGCCCGUGGUGGAGAAGAUGCGCCGCGACCGCAUCAACAGCAGCAUUGAGCAGCUGAAGCUGCUGCUGGAGCAGGAGUUCGCGCGGCACCAGCCCAACUCCAAGCUGGAGAAGGCCGACAUUCUGGAGAUGGCGGUCAGCUACUUGAAGCACAGCAAAGCGUUCGCCGCAGCCGCCGGCCCCAAAAGCCUGCACCAGGACUACAGCGAGGGUUACUCCUGGUGCCUGCAGGAGGCUGUGCAGUUCCUAACGCUGCACGCAGCCAGCGACACGCAGAUGAAGCUGCUCUGUCACUUCCAGCGUCCUCCCGCUGCGCCCACUGCGCCUGCCAAGGAACCCAAGGCCGCCGGCCCUGCGCCCCCGCCCGUGCUCACCCCUGCCAAGGCCACCGCAGUUGCAGCACGCCAGCCCACUUGCGGCCUCUGGCGGCCCUGGUGA